GGAGCGGCUAGGAGGGACGCGGUAGGGUCGCGCUGGUGCCCAGGAAUCAUGUCCGGGGCCGGCAGCUGCAGCAGCCAGACUCCGAGCCGGGCCAUCCCCGCCACCCGCAGGGUGGUUCUGGGCGACGGCGUGCAGCUCCCGCCUGGGGACUACAGCACCACCCCCGGCGGCACGCUCUUCAGCACCACGCCGGGAGGGACCAGGAUCAUCUACGAUCGGAAAUUCCUGAUGGAGUGUCGGAAAUCGCCUGUGGCCAAGACGCCCCCAAGGGACCUGCCCACUAUUCCUGGGGUCACCAGCCCUGCCAGUGAUGAGCCUCCCAUGCAAGCUAACCAGACCCACCCGUGCAACAGCCCAGAAGACAAGCGAGCAGGCGGUGAAGAGUCACAGUUUGAGAUGGACAUUUAAGGGACCAGCCACAGGACUGAGUGAUGCUUCUGGGCCCCUGAGGCCUUUCCUUAGAGGAGAGUCACAACAUCCAGGCCUUGUGAAAAUUGUCCUACUGGGCAGGCAUCGGUUAUGGGGUCAACCACCCAUCCGUGCCCCCUCACUCAGGGCACCUGCUUCCCUUUCCUCUUUGUGAAUGCCAGCACAUAACUCCUUGUGCCUCUGUGAAUACCAAGCUGCUACUCCAAAGGGGCUGACUCUUGCCCACACCCUACAUCAAGUGCCAGGAAGCGGACACAGAGAAGCCCUUGGGAGUGACUGCCCAGGUCUUCCAGCCCCAAUCUCCAGGCCACGUCCACCUUUUCCUUAGGUUGGGGUGCCUGGGAAAGCGACCCCUUGUGUCUUUCCCCAACAAAGGAAAUAAAUGCCACCUUCACUCUAGGCCCAAAGGUUGGGCCCUGUCUGAGCUGUUACCAAGUGA